UCUAACAGAAUGAGUUCAAAGUCUCAUUUCCCAGCUGCUUCUGUCCCAGUUGUGUGCUGCAAUCGUACUUACUAGAGAAACCCACUGAGUGCUUCCUCUUUUGCACCAUUUCCUCUCACUGAUCAAGAAGUUUGGACCUUGAGAAACAGCUUUUCGAGAAAGAAACUUACUUCUUCGUUGUUGUUAUUCUUGGUUUUUCGAGAAAGGGUUAGAAAGAGACUUACUUUUAAGAUGACUUUUCUUCGCCCGUCAAGAGGAAGACAACUGGAUUGCUUGGCCAGGAUGAAUACUAGCCUCGUGGGAAGAAGAGAAAAAUAGUGCAAUCAUAUUUGGCAUUCCUAUUUGGAAAAGAAAUCUACUGAGAAUAAGAAAAGUGGAAGGCUUUGACUCACAAUGAACUUUGUGAAGGAAAACAGUCCAGCCCUCAUUCAAAGGAUGGGCAUUACAGUUAUAAAGCAGAUCUCUGAUGAUCUGUUCACAUCAAAUGUCCUCAACUCUGAAGAAGUUGCCAUCAUCUGCAGUGAGAGGGUGGAGCAGGACGCUGCCCGGUGGAUCAUUCAUAUGAUAUUGAAGAAGGGCUCAGAGGCCUGCAACCUCUUUCUUAAGUGUCUUGAAAACUGGAACCCUGCCCUGUAUCAUGACUUAACUGGACAAAGUCUCUCUCAUCAGAACGCGGAAGAAGACUUGGAAGUUUUGGCCCAGAAUUUAAAAGGCUUCUACAGCAGCCCUUCCUUUCUGAACUUCUAUCCCCUGGGUAACGAUAUCGACAUCAUUUUUAAUCUGAAGAUCACCUUCACAGAGCCCGUCUUGUGGAGGAAGGACCACCGCCAUCACCGCAUGGAGCAGCUGACCCUGGACGGUCUGCUGGAGGCUCUUCAGAGCCCCUGCCUCGUCGAAGGGGAGUCUGGCAAAGGGAAGUCCACCCUGCUGCAGAGAAUCGCCAUGCUCUGGGCCUCUGGGGAGUGCAGGGCUCUGAGAAGCUUCAAACUGGUCUUCUUUGUCCGUCUGAGCAGUGCCCGGGAUGGGCUGUUUGAAACCCUGUGCGAUCAGCUCCUGAAUGUGUCUGACUCCUUCAGCAAGCCAGCCUUUAUGGCUCUGCUCCUGAAGCUGCAGAAGGACGUCCUCUUUCUCCUCGAUGGUUACAACGAAUUCCAGCCCCAGAACUGCCCAGAAAUCGAAACCCUAAUAAAGGAAAACCAUCGUUUUAAGAACAUGGUCAUUGUCACCACCACCACCGAGUGCCUGAGACAUAUCAGGCAGGUUGGCGCCCUGACUGCGGAGGUGGGAGAUAUGACGGAAGACAGUGCGCAGGUUCUCAUCCGGGAGAUGCUGAUAAGGGAGCUUGCUGAAGGCCUGUUGUUCCAGAUCCAGGAGUCCAGGUGCUUGAGAAACCUCAUGAAGACCCCUCUCUUCGUGGUGAUCACCUGUGCCAUCCAGAUGGGCAGAGAGGAAUUCCAAGCUCACACGCAAACCAUGCUGUUCCGAACCUUCUACGACCUCCUGAUACAGAAAAACAGGCACAAGCACAGAGGUGGGACAGAGUGUGACUUUGUCAGGAGCCUAGAGUGCUGUGGAGACCUAGCCCUGGAGGGUGUGUUCUCCCAUAAGUUUGAUUUUGAGCCCGAGGAUGUGUCUGGCAUAAACGAGGACAUCCUGGUGACAACUGGGCUCCUCUGCAAGUACACAGCUCAGAGGCUGAGGCCCAAGUAUAAAUUCUUCCAUAAGUCAUUCCAGGAGUACACAGCGGGACGGAGACUCAGCAGUUUGUUGAUGUCCAGAGAGCCAGAGGAGGUGAGCAAGGGGAAUGACUACCUGAAGAAAAUGGUUUCCAUCUCUGACAUCACAUCCCUGUAUGGCAAUCUGCUCCUGUACACGUGUGGGUCAUCCACAGAAGCCACCAGGGCUGUCAUGCGUCACCUUGCAGUGGUGUAUCAGCAUGGCAGCCUACAGGGGCUCUCUGUCUCCAAGAGGCCUCUCUGGAGGCAGGAAUCAAUGCAAAGCCUGAGAAACACCACGGAGCAAGAUGUUCUGAAAGCCAUGAAUGUAAAUUCCUUUGUAGAGUGUGGCAUCAAUUUAUUCUCAGAGAGCAUAUCCAAAUCCUCCCUGAGCCAAGAAUUUGAAGCUUUCUUUAGCGGUAAAAGUUUAUACAUCAACUCGGAGAACAUCCCUGAUUACUUAUUUGACUUCUUUGAACACUUGCCUAAUUGUGCAAGCGCGUUGGACUUCGUUAAGCUGGAUUUCUUUGGAAAAGCUGCAGCCUCACAGGCUGGAGAGAAUGAGGCCAGAGCCCACAUGGAAGGGCCCUCAGAAACCUACAUUCCCAGAAGGGCUGUGUCUUUGUUUUUCAACUGGAAGCAGGAAUUCAAGACUCUAGAGGUCACGCUCCGGGAUAUCAGCAAGUUGAAUAAACAAGAUAUCAAACAUCUGGGGAAGAUCUUCAGCUCUGCCACAAACCUCCGUUUGUACAUCAAGAGAUGUACUGCUGUGGAAGGAAGGCUCAGCUCCAUCCUCAGCACCUGCAAGAACAUCCAUUCCCUCAUGGUGGAAGCCAGUCCCCUCACCAUAGAUGAUGAGCAGUGCAUCACAUCCGUGACAAACCUCCAGAACCUGAGCGUCCACCAGCUGCAGACUCAACGGCUGCCAGGCGGUCUGACAGACAGCUUGGGUAAUCUGAAGAACCUCGAGAAGCUCAUACUGGACAACAUUGGGAUGAACGAGGAAGAUGCUAAAAACCUAGCGGAAGGCCUGGGAAGCCUGAAGAAGAUGCAAUUGUUUCAUCUGACUCAUUUGUCUGACAUUGGGAAGGGGAUGGAUUACAUAGUCGAGUCUCUAUCGGGGAAACCCUGCGACCUGCAAGAGAUGAAGUUGGUGGCCUGCUGUCUGGGCGCAAAUUCUCUGAAAACUCUGGCAAAGAAUCUUCACAAUUUGGUCACACUGAGUGUUCUUGAUUUAUCAGAAAAUUAUCUGGAAAAAGAUGGAAAUGAAGCUCUACAGGAACUGAUUGGCAGGCUCAGCAUUCUGGAAAAGCUAACCACGUUGAUGCUGCCUUGGUGCUGGGACGCGCACAUCAGCUUGCCCAACCUGCUGAAGGAAUUAAAUGGGGCCCCAGGGCUUGGCAAGCUUGGAUUGAAAAACUGGAGACUCACAGACACAGAGAUUAGACGUUUGGGUGCAUUUUUGGAGGUGAAUCCUCUGAGAAACUUGCAGCAGCUGGAUUUAGCAGGAAACUCUGUGAGCAGUGAUGGAUGGCUUUCCUUCAUGGAUGUAUUUGGCAACCUUAAGCAAUUGGUAUUUUUUGACUUUAGUACUAAAGAAUUCUUACCAGAUGCGGCACUGGUGAGAAAACUUAGUCAAGUGUUGUCUAAGUUAACUUUUCUACAAGAAGCAAGGCUCACUGGAUGGGAGCUUGAUGACUAUGAUAUUAGUGUUAUUAAAGGCACCUUUAAACUAGUGAAUGCUUAAAGGUGCCCAAAGCCACAAAGACUUGAUAUACCAUGUUCAUCUGAAUUUAGUACACUACCUGGUCUGUACAGAUUCAAUAAGUACUUGAUAAAUAUGUGACAAUUAAAUAAAUGGGACUGGAGAGAUGGCUCAGAGGUUAAGAGCACCAGCUGCUCUUCCAGAGAUUCUGAGUUCAAUUCCCAGCAACCACAUGGUGGCUCAUAACCACCUAUAAUGAGAUCUGGUGCCCUCUUCUGGCGUGCAGGCACACAGACAGGCAGAACAUUGUGUAUAUAUCAAGUAAAUCUUUUUAAAAAAUAAAUUAUUAAUAAAUAAGCUAAAAUUAA